UUAAUCCAAACUUUCAAGCCCAUACAUAAUGGGCUUUUAUAUCAUUAAUCAGUAAGCCCAGUUUCUUUAAAACCCUAGUCCUUUUCUUUAAAGCCAGGGAAAAACUCUUUGUUGUGCGGCUCUGCGCAAACUUCGAAAAUGGGUGCUUACAAGUAUGUGUCUGAGCUAUGGAGGAAGAAGCAGUCCGACGUCAUGAGGUUCGUGCAGAGGGUUAGGUGCUGGGAGUACAGACAGCAGCCUUCGAUCGUCCGUCUCGUCAGGCCUACUCGUCCCGACAAGGCUCGUCGUUUGGGUUACAAAGCCAAACAGGGGUUUGUGGUGUACCGUGUCCGAGUGAGACGUGGUGGACGCAAGAGGCCAGUGCCAAAGGGAAUUGUGUAUGGUAAGCCCACAAACCAGGGAGUCACCCAACUCAAGUUCCAGAGGAGCAAGCGUUCCGUUGCUGAGGAGCGUGCUGGAAGGAAACUGGGCGGCCUCAGAGUCGUCAACUCCUACUGGCUCAACGAGGAUUCAACCUACAAGUACUACGAGAUCAUCUUGGUUGACCCGGCGCACAACGCAGUGCGUAACGACCCGAGAAUCAACUGGAUCUGCAACCCGGUGCACAAACACCGUGAGCUCAGAGGACUUACGUCUGAGGGAAAGAAGAACAGAGGACUGCGCGGAAAAGGUCACAACAACCACAAGAACCGCCCGUCUCGCAGAGCAACCUGGAAGAAGAACAACUCUCUCUCCCUUCGCCGUUACCGUUGAUUGCUCUUUUGCGAUCGUUGUUACUUCUAUCUUCGUUUAGGUUACAUGUUGUGUUACUGUUUUAUCUCUUGCUUGAUGAUGACUUUGUGUUUUUUUGCAAAUUUUGGAGACUAUACAAUUGCCUUCGGAUUAUGGUUUUAAACGAAUACCUUUAUA